AUGAGUUUUAAGUAUAAAACAAAUAUCACUCUCAUUCCGAAAGGAACCACUCAAACUUCUAUGAAGGAUUGGCGUUCGAUUGCUCUAUGUAACGUGCUCUAUAAAGUAAUAGCAAAAGUUCUAGCUAAUCGCCUUAAGAAGAUUUUGGGAAAAUGCUUAUCAGAUAAUCAGUCAGCAUUUGUUCCUGGAAGAUCUAUUUUGGAUAAUGCUAUGGCUGCUAUUGAAGUGGUUCAUCAUAUGAAGACUAAACCUAAAGGUAAAGUAGGGGAGAUAGCUCUUAAGCUAGAUAUUAGUAAAGCCUAUGAUAGAAUUGAUCGGAAGUAUUUGGAGGACAUCCUUACCACUAUGGGAUUUUGUCAUAAAUGGGUUAAGUGGAUUAUGCUUUGUGUUGGAACGAUGGAGUACUCUGUGAGUGUGAACGGUAAUAUGGUAGGCCCGAUUGUUCCUGGUCGUGGUUUGAGACAGGGUGACCCUUUAUCCCCGUAUCUAUUUAUUCUUUGUGUAGAAGGGCUUACCGCGCUUAUUCGGAAAGCAGAAAAUAGAGGUGAUAUUCAUGGUGUUAAAGUUUGCAAGAAUGCUCCUAUUAUCUCCCACCUCCUAUUCGCAGAUGAUUGCUUUCUGUUUUUCAGAGCUAAUAUUGCUGAGACUACUGUUAUGAAGGAUAUUCUUGCCACUUAUGAGGAAGCCACCGGUCAAGCCAUUAAUUUCCUUAAAUCUGAAUUCUACUGUAGUAGGAAUGUCGAUUCUGAUACGAGGACUGAAUUGGCUACGCUUCUAGGAGUCCAACAGGUUCUGGGUACAGGUAAUUAUCUUGGUGUUCCUUCUAUGAUUGGUAGAAGCAGGAAAUCAGCGCUUAAUUUCAUUAAAGACAAAAUUUGGAGGAAAAUUAAUUCUUGGAGCAGUAGAAGUUUGUCUCAAGCAGGGAGAGAGACUAUGAUCAAGUCUGUUUUGCAAUCCAUCCCAUCUUAUAUUAUGAGUCUCUUUCUCCUUCCCUCCUCCUUAACUGAUGAGAUUGAGAAGAUGAUAAAUCGGUUCUUGUGGGGUCAUAAAAGAGAUAGAGCUAAAGGUAUUCACUGGCUUUCAUGGGAUAGACUAUCUAUGCCUAAAAGUGAAGGGGGUAUGGGGUUCAAGAACAUUGGUGCUUUCAACCUCGCGAUGUUAAGCAAGCAAGCAUGGAAGCUCACAACCACGCCAGAUUCUCUUGUAUCCCGCCUUUACAAAGCCAGGUAUUUCCCGCAUUAUGACUUUCUCAAUUCUAAUAUUGAUCAUAAUCCUAGCUAUGUGUGGCGUAGCAUCUGGAGUUCAAAAUUUGUGAUUAAAGGAGGCUUAAAAUGGAGUAUCGGGUCAGGAGAGAAUAUUUCGGUUUGGGAUCCGUUUUGGCUGGUCGAUGGUUCUUCUCUGACUAAUCCUUGGCCUAACAAUUUGGUAGUGGAUAAUUUCAAGGUCUCUGAUUUGAUGUCUCCGAAUGGUAAGCAUUGGAAUCAAGGUGUUAUCCAUUCUCUUGUAUGGGCCGAAGCAGCUGAGAAGAUUCAGAAUACUCCCCUAUUUACCGCGGUUCAUAAUGACAAUUUAGUUUGGAAACAUGAGUCUAACGGUAAAUUCUCAGUUCGGAGUGCCUACAGGGUUGGUGAAGAGAAUAAUUAUCAUCUAUUUCUUCAGUGUCCUAAAAGUGUUGAGUGUUGGAUACAAGUGGGUCUUUGGCCUAUGUUGCAGCAGGUUAAUGGCAAUGGGGAGACGUUUGCAUCUGUGAUUUUUUCCUUUUUGCAGGUGGAAGAUCCUCCGAACAUUAUUUGUCAGCGUGCCCUUCAGUUGUUGACAGGAUGGAGAGAGACUCAGCAGCUUAACCCCAAUAAUAGGAUUAUCAACCCCCCGGCUACCAUCACUAGAUGGGCAAAACCUUCGAGGGGCAGACUCAAGUGUAAUAUUGGCGCAUCCUUUUCUCAUAACAAAGUGGGUAUCGGUGCUUGCAUUAGAGAUGAUGUAGGUCAGUUUAUUGUAGCCCGAACUGAUUGGUUUUCGCCUAGCAUGGAUGUUGCUAUUGGUGAAGCUCUUGGUCUUUUUAAAACCUUAAAGUGGGUACAUGAGCUGGGGUUUGACAAUAUGAAUUUCGAGUUGGAUGCAAAGCGCGUUGUGGAUAGUGUGACUAAUCCGAAACCAAAUGAUUCGGACUUUGGUGCUAUUACUAGCGAGUGUAACCGGUUGAUGGCUCUUUUCUUUAGGAACUCUCGUGUUAAGUUCGUUAGAAGACAAGCUAAUGAACUAUUAUCAAAUCAUCAUGACUUCACAUUCCCUCAAACUUCAAUUUCAUUUUUAUCCUAA